AUGCCGCCCAAACCCUUCAACCCACCCCGCCCACAAUCCUCUUCAAACACCGACUCCAAACCCCGCGGUCGUCCCAAAGGCCCAUCCACGAACCCCUCCCACAAACGCAAGUCCACAUCCGCCACACCGCGCGCCGCCCCAAAAGCAGUCUCCCGCGCGAAAGGAAGCGCAUUCAUCAAGCCUCGAGUCUCGAACGCCAGCGUGUCUACGGCGCUGAGUAUUGACUCUUCUGACGGAGAAGGAGAAGGGGAAGGGGAGGACGAGGGAGGUGAACACGAAGAAGAUGAAGAACUGGAUUUCGGUUUGGAUUCGGGGCUGGAUGGGGAUGAGACGGGGGCAGGAGAAGAAGAGGACACGGAGAUGAUGGAAACAACGAUGCCAGAAGCGAGUACUGUGAGCCUAGAUGAAGAUCAAGAAAUAGAAGGCGACGAUAACGAUGACGACGAUGACCACGAUGAUGAUCCUUUCUCCUCGCAACCCCCGCGUAAAAAACGUUCGAGGACUAGUAAGACGAACGCGAAUGCCGAUAGUUCACACGUCCGAGCCUUGGACGAGCCAGCAGAGGCGCGAGCUUCGAUUCCAACAGACUUGAUCAAUGUGCUGCUGCACAGCUUCUUCAAGCAGCCCGGCUCGCGCAUCACGAAGGAUGCGAAUGCGGCUGUUGGGAGGUAUAUCGAGACGUUUGUGAGGGAAGGGGUGGCGAGGGCUGAAUGGGCGAGAGAGAACGGAUGGGAGGGAGAUGGGGAGGGGGGAGUGAACGCGGGAGGGAAUGGGGGGUAUCUUGAGGUGGAGGACCUGGAGAGGGCGGCGCCGCAGCUUAUCCUGGAUUUUUGA